AUGCCAAGAUUCAGCAACUAUGAACUAUUCAAGAAAUGUUCCAUUCAACUACUAAGCAAAAGGCAGCAAGUUGACUUUAAUUCAAGAAUCAUUUUUAUUUCCAAUCAGGCACAAGCUGGCCUUAGUUCUGAAAUUGCCCUGUUUAAUGACUACUUUCAAAUGUUGAAUUCCGGUUCCAAGCCUAAUGCUUAUUCUCUGGUUCACUUGACCCGAGCAUGUACCAAUCUUGGUUUGUUUUCCCAUGGCGAACAGCUUCACUGCUGCAUUCUAAAAUCUGGGUAUGUCACCAAUGUCUUCGUUACUACAGCUUUGGUUAAUUUUUAUGUGAAGUCUCAGCUUUUGAAUAAGGCUCACCAGUUGUUUGAGGAAAUGACUCAACCAAAUGUAGUUUCUUGGAAUACGUUGAUUUCUGGGUAUGUCCGUUCUGGGCAGUUUACUGCUGCUCUGAACUUGUUUAUUCAGCUUGAAAGAUCGGAACUUUGUCCUGAUUCGUACUCUUUUACAGCUGCUUUAUCAGCAUGCGGACCACUUUGUUUACUACUAGUUGGAAGGUUAUUACAUGCUAAGAUUGUGAAAUUUGGUGUUGGGUGCAGCAUUGUGGUCUCAAAUUCUUUAAUUGACAUGUAUGGAAAAUGUGGCUCUACUGAAGAAUCAACUAAUGUGUUUAAUAGUAUGAUGGAGAAGGACACUAUUUCUUGGAAUUCAAUCAUAGCAGCAAAUGCAAGAAACAACAGGCUUGAACAGGCAUUUGAUUUCUUGCUUCAAAUGCCUGAACCUGAUACUGUUUCAUACAAUGAAGUAAUUAGUGGCAUGGCGCAGUUUGGUAAAAUAGAAGAUGCUGUAGGUAUGUUAUCAAGAAUGCCAAGCCCAAAUUCAUCAUCAUGGAAUUCGAUAAUAGCAGGAUAUGUCAACCGAGGCAGAGCAAAAGAAGCUCUUCAUUUUUUUCAAAACAUGCAUCGCAAUAAUGUUCAUAUGGAUCAAUUCACCUUUUCAAGUAUAUUAAGUGGCAUUGCUAACAUAGCAGCUGUAACAUGGGGAAGGUUUAUCCAUUGUUGCACAAUUAAGUACGGCGUGAAUGAGACUGUUGUUGUUGGAACUUCUCUCAUUGACAUGUAUUCUAAAUGUGGGCAAAUGAAGGAAGCUGAAAUUCUGUUUGAAUCUCUCCCUGUGAAGAAUCUGAUAACGUGGAACACGAUUAUAUCUGGAUAUGCUCAUAAUGGUAAUUCAGAUGAAGUGAUCCGGCUAUUUGAGCAGUUGAAAUUGGUGAAAGAUUUACAACCAGAUGGUAUUACUUUCGUGAAUGUCUUAGCUGCAUGUUGGCAUAAUAAAAUGUCUCUGCAGGCUGCAAAUGAGUAUUUCAAAUUGAUGAUCAAGCAUUAUGAGAUAUGUCCCAUGCUGGAACACUGUUCUUUGAUGAUUAAGCUCAUGGGACAAGAAGGGGAUGUCAGUAAGGCCGAGAAAAUGAUUUAUGAACUGGGAUUUGAAAACUGUGGAUUAGUUUGGAAAGCAUUAUUAGGUGCUUCUGUAACUUGUGGGGAUAUAAAAAUAGCAGAAGUUGCAGCUGCGAAGGUGAUAGAAUUGGAAGGUGAUAACGAGUUUGUUUAUGUACUAAUGUCUAAUAUGUAUGCAUUGCAUAGGAAGUGGAUAGAUGUUGGUGGCACGAGGGAGCAGAUGAAGGAGAGAAAAGUGAGAAAAGAAGCUGGUUGGAGUUGGAUCGAAGUUGAAAACUCAACUAUAAAUUCAUCCAUGGUGUGA